CUUAUACCACCAAUUACAGAAACUUUCCUCACAACAAAUAAAAACAGCUGUUGGAAUUGUGGGUUCUUAAGUAAUAAGUUUUGUUCAGGACGAUAACAAUUAUUGGACCUUAAAUCGUUAUUUAUUUUCAUCUCAAGCCUAAUAUAUAAAAUUAUUUGAAAAAUUAUGAGUAAAUGUUGUAAUAAAAACAUUUUUAAUUAUGUAAGAAAGUAUUCUUCCAAAUCAGAACAGAAAUUGAAAAGUUUUCACGACAAACCAGACCCUCAUUUAAUUAAAUAUGACUACAUAGGACCUCCAGAUAAGAAAUCAAAUUUACGACCCUAUGUUCGCUGCAUCGCAAAACAUGAAAGUUUCCUCGAUAUGCAGCUACGAGAAAAACGAAUUGAAGUAGAAGAAUGGAAUCAAUCGUUUUGGUCAAAUCACAAUAAACGCUUUUAUGAGGAAAAACAAGACUUCAUAAGGUUGCAUAAUCUGUCUGGAAUUCAGGAUAUUUCUGCUGACAAGAUGAGCGAAUUUUACAAAUCGUUUUUAGAUAAAAAUAAGAAAGUUCAUAUUUUAUAUAAUAUAUCAUGGUACUUAAAAAAUUUUGAAAUUUUGGUACUCGCUUUUCAGGUUGCAGUUAAAAAUGGUAUUAAAAAAAUGAGAAAAUAAAUAAAAUUGUUACUUAUAACAUAGUCGCAUUAGAAAUGCUAACGGUAUAAUUCUUAAAAACAAGUAAGAAUGUAUAGUCGGACAUGGCCAACCAUAUGAUACCUUACUCCAAUGAGUAUGUUAUAAAUGUGAAUUAUUUUUAAAUAAUAUAAGUGUUUCGGCGUCAAUCCCAGAUCGAGUUCAAACCAAAUAAAAAUACAACGAAUUAUAUUUUCAAAAAUUAAAUAAAAAAAUAA